AUGUCGAGAGGUUGCGGGGUGGUGUGCGGGGUGGUGGUGGUCGAAGAGCGGGACGCGCGGGGGUCUUCGUUGGGCCGCAGCCGCCGGACGGGGACGCUCGUACACGCUACGCCACGCGGAACCGGCGGCGGCGGCGGCAGUGUAGCGGUUGAUUUGGUGGGAGACGCGGGUACCGAGACAUACAUGUUUCAGAGGGGGAGAUGCAAGCUGUUUCGGUCCUUCGUCCACCAUGGGAAGCUCACCGUGUGCACGGCGGGCAUGAGGCAUCAGAUCAUGUUAAGCGAGGCAGACCCGGUCCAGCUUGGCGAGCUUUGCGACACCCUCGUGGGAGAGAACAGCAGCAGUCACACAAGCAACACCACCACCAACAGCCGCAGGAGCCCCGGUUCCUCAACAGCAAGCACCACGGCUGUCCGCGCGCGAGCCCAGUCGCAGCCCCGAUCCCACCGCGCGCCCGGCGCCACCGGCGGAUGCACCAGGCGGAGACCACCGACAGCGGUGGUUCCGGGGAGGGGGGGUACAUCCGCGGGGCCCCUCGCCCCUCGCAGCGUCAACGCUAAUGUGCGCAGUCCGACCGGGCAGGAAAGAGGCGGGGAUAGCGUCCACCAGAGGGGGGACAAGAAGGGGCGGAGGAUGAGGCUCCCGGCGGACAGGCCGCCGGAGGCGGCGGAAGAGGGGGGGGUGGCACGAAAGAGCACGAGGAAGGCGAGCCCAAAGAAGAGCGUGGAGGAAAGGGGGCCGCCGAGAGAGGUCGCCCUGUCGGAGGACCAGCAGAGAGCCGUGGACCUCGUUGUCGGCGGCAGGAGCGUCUUUUUCACCGCCAGCACCUUUCGGGGGUUAUGCUUGGCGUGUCAGCCCGGGGCACACAGAAAGGAGGAAAAAUGGGAACCUUUGUGGUAG